GUUUGGGACUCAAAACUCAGAUCAGAUUUGAGAGAUUUUUUUUGCAGAAGCUAAUACCAAUGCGGGUUUAUUCCCCUUGUUGUGGAGCCGUUCUGGGCUUCUGCUUGUACUUACUGUUUUGUGGAAGCUUCUGCUAUGGUGAUGACAAGACUAUCGAGGUUGUUGGGAUCGGAGAAUGUGCAGAUUGCAAGGACAACAAUAUUAAAACUAGUCACGCUUUCUCAGGGCUUCAUGUAACCAUUGAUUGCAAGUCCAAAGAUGGACAUUUCAAGACCAGAGCCGCGGGAGAGCUUGACAAAGAAGGAAAGUUCAAGGUUUCUCUCCCUCAAGAAAUCCUAAAAGAUGGCCAGCUGAACGAGCAAUGCUUUGCACAGCUUCACAGUGCAUCAUUGGCGCCUUGUCCGGCCACCGACGGCCUGGAGGCCUCAAAGAUAGUUUUCAAGUCCAAAACUGAUAAAAAACACACCUUUGAGCCCACCGGAAAACUGAAAUUCUCACCGGCGGUGUGCACUUCUGCUUUCUUGUGGCCUUAUUUCAAGUAUCCUCCUCUGCCCAUACUACCACCUUUGCCCAAAACUCACCCAUGGCUUAAAUACUUUGGCCACCAUUUUCCUCUUCCUCCACUGCCACCAAAGAUCUUCCCUCCAAUAUAUAAAAAACCCCUUCCUCCACCAUUUCCCAUCAACAAGCCGCCACUUCCGCCACCGGUGCCGAUAUACAAGAAGCCACUUCCACCACCUGUCCCAAUCUACAAGCCCAAACCACCAGUGUUCAAGCCUAAACCACCGGUAUACAAGCCGCCACCAGUUCCCAUAUACAAAAAGCCACUUCCACCACCUGUCCCAAUUUACAAACCCAAACCACCAGUGUUCAAGCCUAAGCCACUUCCACCACCAGUACCGAUUUACAAGCCCAAACCACCAGUAUUCAAGCCUAAGCCACUUCCACCACCUGUACCGAUUUACAAGCCCAAACCACCAGUGUUCAAGCCUAAGCCACUUCCUCCUCCUGUCCCAAUUUACAAGCCCAAACCACCAGUAUUCAAGCCUAAGCCACUUCCACCACCUGUACCGAUUUACAAGCCCAAACCACCAGUGUUCAAGCCUAAGCCACUUCCUCCUCCGGUCCCCAUUUACAAGCCCAAACCACCAGUGUUCAAGCCUAAGCCACUUCCUCCACCUGUCCCGAUUUACAAGCCCAAACCACCAGUGUUCAAGCCUAAGCCACUUCCACCACCUGUACCGAUUUACAAGCCCAAACCACCGGUGUUCAAGCCUAAACCACCGGUGUACAAGCCACCACCAGUUCCCAUAUACAAGAAGCCACUUCCACCACCGGUUCCAAUCUACAAACCAAAACCACCAGUAUUCAAGCCGCCUCCAGUUCCUAUAUACAAGAAGCCGCUUCCACCCCCGAUUCCAAUCUACAAACCAAAACCGCCAUUGUACAAGCCUCCCGUCUAUAAAAAACCACUUCCGCCACCAGUCCCAAUCUACAAGAAGCCAUUACCACCACCUAUACCCAUUUACAAACCAAUUCCACCCAUCCAUAAACCUCUUCCUCCAAUUCAAGAGAUCCCUCCGAAACCUUGUCCACCACUUCCUACUAUCCCCAAAAUUCCUCCCAAGUUCUUCCACCACCCAAAAUUUGGACUCUCCCCACCCCUACCACCUUAUCCAUAGGCUGCCAUGGAGGUCUCUCUUGGUGUAAGUAUGUUCGUAUGAUGGUUGGUGUUAUGAUAAGGUCGUAAGUGGUUGGAGUGAAAAUUUCAACAGCAUAAUAAAAGCAUUUAAGAGGUACAAAAGAAAUCAAGUGGAAAGAACAUGAGAGGGCGAGAAGAUCAUUGUUACUUUGUUUUUAUCUAUGAAUUGUUUGGGCGUGUGAAUUUGCCUUAAUUUGUUUCAUGAUAUUUGGAAGUUCGUUUGUUGAUGUUUAGGUGGAUGUAACUAGCAGCAUAAUUCAACAUGUCUUUGUGAUUCAUUUGC